GGCCGCGGAGCGCAGUAACAGCCCAUUCUCACCACUACUUACCGGCUACAUGUGGGGUGAGAAACCUGCUGGGUAAAACCAGGCAGAGGGAAGAUACAAAACUAAGCAUUAGCAUACUUUUUACUGCAUGGAAUAACUGCUCUGAUUUUUUUUUUCCACUGAGGCGUUAGGUGGGUAAACUAGUGAAAGUUGGAUGCCUGAGGACAAGUCUGGACUGAACGACAAUGGAAUUUGUGACCUCGUAAGCACGAGAAAUAACGUUAUCUGUCUCGGCUGGUUUGUGUGAGUGUACGAGCUUCGGUAGCAGACAAUUUGGAUACUUUGAAUGAAACCAGUGAAAACUUGUUCGCUUCACUGGAACGAGGAGUAAAGCAGCGUUUGGAGCAAGUGACUGAAGAGUUGUACACAGGGCAAGCUUUGGAAGGGGUGGUCUGUAGGUCUGGUAGCCCCUUCUUGUCUCUGAAGGGGGGAAAAGAGGGAGGGUGGCCCUGCCUCUUUUGUUUCUUUUGUCGGAAAGGAGGCUGAAAAGACCAGCCAAUCAGAGAGGGGUUCUGUGAGGAAGAAGUGGGGAGUUACAGAGAUGAAGGCGUACCUUGAGGAGAGAGCGGAAAAGAGGAGGAGAGCGAAAGGAGGAUGAGAGUGUUUCUUCCGCUGUCUGUCAGUUGGAAAACAGCUGGUGUUUACUGCAGACUACUUUUCUCCUCAGAGGAAGGACAGGUUUGGACACAUCCUCAUGGGAGCCAUGGAAAGAUUGGAAAUGGCAGGAAAAGAGCACUAAACUUCCACAGUCGCCUCUCCCAUUGAGUGCCACCCUCCCCCGCCAUCGUUGCUCAUGCCUGGGAGCCCAACUCCUUGUAAAUAGCUGUGGCCAAGGACUAACAGACAUCCUGUCAGCGGUGGAACACAGUGGAUCAGGUUGUGUCCAGAAGGAUGUGUCUUUAAACCCGAGCUCCUGGGAGGUCAAGAGGUGACAUGCCUCUAUAAAACAUCACUGGAAACAAAUGCUCUGCUGCCAUGCCUCCGGGGACGGUCCAUUGUCUUUCAGUGUUAGCAGUCCAAACGCUGCUGUCUCUCCUGCUGCUAACCUCCGACUGGCCCCUCGCCUUGUUUCCUAGUGGUGUUGUCCAAGGAUCAGACUCCUCUCCCUCCAGUCUCUAUCCCACCUUUAUUCGGAAUGACACUCUGUUUGAGCACUUGGCCCUACAUCCCAACCCCAGUGUGAGUCGGGUCUACGUUGGUGCCCGAGAUCACCUGUUCCAGUUGGAUGGAUUCCUCCAUCCUGAACUUGAGGAUGACACUGGACCUGUCACUGACAGUCGGGAAUGCUUGCCUCCUGUCACUGAGAGCAACUGCCCUCAGGCUAGGCUCACCAGCAACCACAACAAGCUCCUGCUGGUCAAUCCUUACUCCAUGGAACUUAUUACCUGCGGAAGCGUCAACCAGGGAAUCUGCCAGAAACGUAGUCUGGAUUCUGUGAAUGUAGUACUUUUCUCAACAGAGAGGCCGGUGGAUACUCAAUACGUAGCCGCUAACCACCCCAAUGUUAGCACCGUGGGACUCGUGGUUCGCUCUCAUCCUGACAGGCAGCCAGUGCUGUUUGUGGGGCGGGGUUACACUAGCAGCCACCCACCGAUUUCCACACGAAACCUUGCCCAGGAACCUGUCUUUUCUUAUGAGGAGACAGCCAAGUUGGCUGUGGCUGGCCGUCUGUCAGAAUAUGACCAUCACUUUGUAGCUUCAUUUGCCCACCGUCAACAUGUGUACUUCCUUUUCUACAGACGGGACCUUAAGUCACAGUCACGCGAGUACCGCACUUACGUCUCUCGUGUUUGUUUGGAUGACCAGGCCUAUUACUCCUACGUGGAAGUGCCCCUGACAUGCCGAUCCAGGACAGGAAAAAUUUACAACCUCUUGCAAGCCGUCCAGCUCGGGCUCACCAAGGAGGGUACAGAGAGCCAAGGCUCAGAAGUUCUUCUUGGUGUCUUCUCCACUCGUUUGGCUUCAUCAACACGGCCCAGCGAGGACUCUGCCCUCUGCAUGUUUAACCUUGAAGACGUGGACCGCAGGAUUAACUCUACCAGAGAUCUGUGCUACACACAGGUGGGGAAAGAAGCAGGACUGGAGGCAGCCUACAUCGAGUAUGAAGUCAAAUCCAACUGUGCCAACUUGCCAGAGAACACUCUGGAUGCAUACCCCUGCGGCUCUGACCACACCCCCAGCCCGAUGGCCAGCAGGAUGGCUGUAGAAGCAGAGACCAUAUUGGACAGCCCGUCUGCUCGUCUCACUGCUGUGGCUGUUAGUGUGAGGGCGGGACAUACCAUUGCCUUCCUGGGAGACUCCAAGGGGAACCUGCACAAGGUGUUCCUGGGGCCAAACGGCGAGGUGGAGGAAUACUCUGUCAUCUCCAUUCAGCAGAAAGCAGCUAUCAGUUCAGACCUCAUUCUGGACCAGAAAGAGGAACAUCUCUUCAUCAUGACUCAUAACAUGCUGCAGAAGAGACCAGUGGCUGAAUGCCAGCAGCACCCAGACUGCCACUCCUGCCUGCUGGCCCAUGACCCCUACUGUGGCUGGUGUGUCCUGGAGGGAAGGUGUGUGUUGCAGUCACAGUGUGCUCGUGGGAAUCAGCCAGGUCAGUGGCUGUGGAGCUUUGACAUGGAGCAGCAGUGUCUGGCAGUCCAGGACCUCAACCCCUCCAAUGUCAGCAGGGAGGAGAGCAAGACAGUGUCUCUGUCAGUCCCGGGACUCCCAGUGUUAGAGAAAGAGGAGUCCUACUCCUGCUACUUCCAGGACAGCCACAGUCCUGCCAUUGUCACCCAAUCCGGUGUCACCUGCCAUUCUCCUGACACCAGCCAAGUACCCAUGGUGCCUCCAGGACAGGACUUUGUCACAGUCACCUUGUCUCUUCGCUUCGGCGACGUCACUGUCACAGCGAGGGAUUUCACCUUCUAUGACUGCACGGCGGUUAAGGAGCUGUCUGGCAGCAUGCCUUGCCGUGGUUGUGUUUUGAGCCGAUGGGGCUGUAACUGGUGUGUUCACCAGCACUUGUGUACCCACAAGCCCACCUGUGAGGAGGGGGUGAUCAUCUACAACCAACAUUUUAAACUCCCCACCUCAGCUCCUCCCACAACCAAACCUAUGAAAGUCAUGACAACAGCCCCGCCCACAAAGGCUGCCAUGACAACCAGCACCAUGGCCACCACCACAACAGCUCCAACAACAACUAUUGCUACAACAACUGCAACCUCUGUCACUGUAGCAACCACUCAGGAGCCAACCACCCCUCCUGCACCGACUACUCCACCCAUGACCACUACCAGCCUUGAGCCAACCACCCCACCGACCACCCUGCCCCCUCAGCCUGCAAGCACACUGCCAUCCACCACGCCAGCACCCACUCCCCCUUUACUCCCAGAGGUCAACACCGGGACGGAGGAAGAAGCUAAAGCAGGAGAGCUUUUUGUUGUCACCGGAAGUGACACAGAAGGUGCAGCAGUUACGCCCACUGUCAACAUGGUAUCCACAGAGUUGGUGCCUGUCACUGUGGCUGAUGGUCUAGACUCUGUGGUGCCUUUGAUCAUCCCGCUACAUGAACCGGAUUCCUUCCCCUUGGAGGUGGUCCCAGAAUCGCCCCCCAGCCACACCCAGGAAGCUGAGGGAGCCUUAAGCCUGGCAGAGCCUCCCACCCCAGCCUCAUCUGGCUUCCCCCUGCCCACGCCCUUCUCUGUAGGUGAUCCUGGUGACUGGGAGCCCUCCCUUGACCUGGACCUGACCCAGACUCCCACCCUGAGAUCCACACAAGAACCCCAGACUGAAGCAUUAAGCCCAGGCACCAACCCUGAGGUGCUUCUCUGGCCUAAAGAAGAAGUAGACGUCCACGCUGAGACUGCCGUCCAGUCAGAAAAUGACACAGCCACAUUUUCCGCUGCCACAGUGUUAUCAGGUGAUGGUGAGGUUGACCAUGCCCCCCCAUCCUACCCCCACCUGCUUGAUACGGACUCAGAGCUGGACUACCAGUAUGAUCCAGCUGAUGCCUUUCUCCCGGGGGAUGAGGGUUCCUAUGUCAGCUGGGGUUCCUCAGCCUGUCCCUGUGUGGAGAAGGUCCAGGGUUCAUCCCUUCUCCCUGUCAGAGUGGAGAGGAAGAUCACUUUACUGGCCCGCAACCUGCACCUUUAUCAGGAUACGGAGCUGGACUAUGAAUGUGUGUUGGUCAUCGAGGGACAGACGGUGGUGGUGGAUGCCUACGUGGAGACUGAUGACAUGAAUCCAUCAAACUUUGACAUCACCUGUCAACUCCACCAGUACACAUAUUCUGCACCAGUGGAUGAAUACAAUGCCAUGGUAUAUGUGAAGAGGAGGGACACCUUCCAUGUGGACAGCUCUCCUGAUCUAUACGUGACUCUGUAUAACUGCUCUGUGGGCCGCUCUGACUGCAGCCGCUGCCACACAGCUGAUCAAAAAUAUGGUUGUGUGUGGUGCGGUGGUGCUCAGGCCAGUUGCUUGUAUUCCGACUCUUGUAGUGAGCCCAUACAACAGACAUGCCCUGCCCCUGUCAUCCACUCUAUUGAGCCACUCUCUGGCCUGUUGGAAGGCGGCACCUUGGUGACUGUCUCAGGUUCUAACCUGGGCCAGAAGGCUGAAGACAUCCUUCACUCUGUGUCAGUAGCUGGGAUUCCUUGCACUGUCAUCCCAAGCCUCUACGAGGUUUCCUCCAGGAUUGUGUGCAGGACCAAAGCCAGUGGAGGAGAGAAGGUUGGCUACAUGUCUGUGAAAGUGAGCGGAGGAGAGUUUGGUGUGUCCAGCCAGACAUUCAGCUACCAGGACCCUUUUGUGAUGGGGGUGUCUCCUGAAAGGGGGCCCAAAGCCGGAGGAACAUCCCUGACAAUUACUGGCCGAAACCUGCUGACAGGACGUCCCUCUGACCUCACCAUCACUGUGGGAGGGGUGCCCUGUAGAAUUGUGUCAGAGGUGCAGAGCUCCAGUGUUCAAUGUGUGACAGGCAGCAGUAAUAAGACAGGAGAUCAGCGAGUCACACUGCAUUACGGCAGCAGCCAACGCCACCUCCACACUUCAGCCUACCGCUACACCCACAACCCAAACAUCACCGAAGCCAAGCCCGCAAAGAGCUUCCUGAAUGGUGGUCGGCUCAUCCGUGUGUCGGGACACAACCUGGACGUGGUGCAGGAGCCCCGGAUGGUGGUGACCGUCUCUCCCUUGGCAUCAGUCAGCCAGAAUAAAAGAAAGAAGCGAAGGAGGAGGAGGAGGAGUGGAGAGCAGGGGGAGGACAGGCAGAAGACUUUGGGAAGGCCAGUGAGGAUGGUUCUUGAACCUGUCUGUCCUGGAGACCCACUCUGCUCUGUCAAGCAGUUCACUGAGCGCUGUGAGGUGAACUCCUCCUCCCUGAUCCUGUGCCGCUCUCCUAUGGUGGACUCUUCUGCCUUGGUGUCAAAGGUCACUGCAGAGUUUUUAUUGGACAACCUGCGCUUUGACUUCAGCAGUCUGAGCCCUCAGAGCUUCAGCUACGCGCCCAACCCUACCCUGCAGCCCCUGAACCAGCAGGACCCUCUAAAGGCUUACCGCUACAACCCUGGCAGCUUCAUCCAGCUGGAGGGGGAAGACCUGGACCUGGCCAUCACUAAGGACGAGGUGGUAGUGUUGAUUGGGGAGGGUGUGUGUGCUGUUAAGACCCUCACCAAAAACCAUCUGUACUGCGAGCCGCCACCUCAGCAGCCUGCACCAGGACCCAGCAGCAAGAAACGCGAGGGCUCCGACAAUCUGCCUGAAUUCACAGUCCAAAUGGGCAACCUGAACUUCUCCCUUGGUAAGGUUCAGUAUGACAACCUCAGCCUGUCCACCUUCCCUCUGGAGGCCCAGAUUGGAGUAGGGGUCGGGGCAUCCAUAGUCGCCCUCAUCGUCCUCAUCAUUGUGCUCAUUUACAGGAGGAAGAGUAAGCAGGCUGUGAGAGACUACAAGAAGGUCCAGAUCCAACUGGAGAACCUGGAAACCAGCGUGAGAGACCGCUGCAAGAAAGAGUUCACGGACCUGAUGACGGAGAUGAUGGACAUGUCCAGUGACCUGGUGGGCUCUGGCAUUCCUUUCCUUGACUACCGAAUGUACGCUGAGCGCAUCUUCUUCCCCGGCCACCGGGAGUCUCCGCUGAGGCGAGACCUGGAUGUUCAAGAGUGUCGAAGGCAGACGGUGGAGCAGGGAUUGGUGCAGCUGUCCAACCUGCUCAACAGUAAACUCUUCCUUACCAAGUUCAUUCACACUCUGGAGAGCCAACGGACUUUCUCUCCCAGAGACAGGGCAUACGUGGCCUCCCUGCUGACGGUGUCGCUGCAUGGCAAACUGGAGUAUUUCACUGACAUCCUCAAAACUCUCCUCAAUGACCUGGUGGAGCAGUAUGUGGCCAAGAACCCCAAACUGAUGUUGCGACGAACAGAGACAGUGGUGGAGAAGCUGCUGACCAACUGGAUGUCCAUCUGCCUCUAUGCUUUCCUCAGGGACUCAGCAGGGGAGUCUCUCUACAUGCUGUUCAGGGCCAUAAAGCACCAGGUAGACAAAGGACCUGUGGACGCUGUGACCGGCAAGGCCAAGUACACCCUCAAUGACAACCGCCUGCUGCGAGAGGAUGUAGAGUACAAGACCCUGACUCUGAAUGUUUUGGUGCAGGGUGGAGGAGUGAAUGAGAGCCAGCCGCUGCCCUCCAAAGUGCUGGACUGUGACACCAUCACACAGGUGAAAGAGAAGCUGCUGGACCAGGUCUACAAGGGCACCUCCUUCUCCCACCGACCCCACGCAGACUCACUGGACCUCGAGUGGCGGUCUGGUGUUGCUGGUCAUCUCAUUCUGUCAGACGAAGACUUGACAUCUGUGGUUCAGGGAAACUGGAAACGCCUCAACACACUGCAGCACUACAAGGUCCCAGACGGUGCAACAGUAGCGCUGGUCCCUCGCCACACCAAACACAUUCACCAUGACAACCACGAUUAUGUGGCAGGAGAGAAGACUCCGAUGCUGGAGGAUGCAGAUGAAGGUGGAGUGAGGCUGUGGCAUCUGGUGAAAGCCAGCGAGGAGCCUGAGUUGCCCAAACACCGCCGAGGCAGCCUCAGGGAGAGAGAGAGGGCCAAGGCCAUCCCCGAGAUCUACCUGACCCGCCUGCUGUCCAUGAAGGGAACGCUGCAGAAGUUUGUAGACGAUCUGUUCACAGUGAUCCUCAGCACCAGUCGUCCUGUCCCGCUGGCUGUUAAAUACUUCUUUGACCUGCUGGACGACCAGGCGGGACAACAUGGCAUCUCUGACCCAGAGACAAUACACAUUUGGAAGACCAACAGUCUCCCUCUGCGUUUCUGGAUCAACAUUGUGAAGAACCCUCAGUUUAUCUUUGACGUCCAGGCGUCGGACCACGUGGACGCCGUGCUCUCUGUCAUCGCCCAGACAUUCAUGGACUCCUGCACCAUCGCUGAGCACAAGCUGGGACGGGACUCUCCCAUCAACAAGCUGCUAUAUGCAAGAGACAUCCCACGCUACAAACAGAUGGUAGAAAGGUACUAUGCUGACAUCAGGCAGACCAUAUCAGCCAGUGACCAGGAGAUGAACUCAGCUCUGGCUGAAUUGUCCAGGAACUACUCUGGAGAGCUCAACUACCUGGUCGCACUGCACGAGCUUUACAAGUACAUCAACAAAUACUACGACCAGAUCAUCACAGCGCUGGAGGAGGACACUACGGCCCAGAAGAUGCAGCUGGGCUACAGACUGCAGCAGAUCGCAGCUGCCGUGGAGAAUAAGGUCACUGACUUGUGACAGAGGAAUCACCCAGCAGAGCUGUGGCAAACGGAGUGGGCUGGCAGGACGAGGAAGAGGAGGAGAAUUAACAGAUUUGCACCCUGCAGGUUGAACUGAAAAGCAGGAAAGCAACAGACAGACAAAUCAGAAGCUUCCUUUCAGGAGAAAGUCUUGAAGUCAAGGAGUUUUUGAAGAAACUUUUUAGGUUUGUGUAGAAGUUCACAUCCCAGCAUCUGUCCUGAUGGUGUUGGCUGUGGAUGACUUUAGUCUGGACAAUUUGAGCUCUCUGUAUAAGCAGGACAGCACACAGACACUGGACGAAGAAAGAGAGGAUGUGUGAAAGACACCAGUCAGGCCUGUUGUCCCUCCUGUUGACUGUAUGUGGAGAUAUUUGAAGGAAGAACAUGUGCUGGACUUCCAACUUAACGGUCUUACACAGUAGUGCUCAUGUAAAAGAAACAGCUGCUUUACAGACAGCUGAUCUGAUCUGAAGACUCAUUUCAGUGGGAUUUUAUCUCACUGUGAACCCCUGGAGUGAAUUUUUAGAAGCGGUACCUCUUAUGCCUUGUGUGCUUCUCGCUGCUGUAUGGUCUGAAGAUAUUCCUUUGUGUGUGUAUGGUGAUUUGUGUGUGUGUGUGUGUGUGUGUGUGUGUGUGUGUGUGUGUGUGUUUGCAGUUAUCCAUAUUGCCCUGGUUAUCAAUCUACCCCUUGUAUUGUGACAUUUCUGGUUUCUAGUACAAAGUAUUGAAGUAACUGGUUCUCAUAUUUUAGAUGUUACAGUCAGCAGUAUUCAGAAAACAGUGAACUGAGCUUCAAUGUUAUUUCUCUGAAAUGUUUAAGAAUGAAACCUUCGUCACAAUGUUGUUUGCUUGAAGGGACAGUUCACCCCAAAAUCAAAUUUACAUAUUUUUCCUCUUACCUGUGGUGCAAUUUGUCAGUGUACAUGUUUUGGUGUGAGCUGCAGUGUUGGAGAUAUCAGCUGUAGAGAUGUCUGACCUCUCUCCAGUAUAAUGGAACUAGAUGGCACUCUGCUUGUGGUGCUUAACGCACCAAAAACAUACAUUUGAUAAACUCAACAUCAAUGUCUGUACAGAAAUCAUGGCCUGGUUACUCAAGAUAAUCCACAGACCUUGUUACCAGGUUUAUGCAGGAACUAUUUUCUUUUUACCAAAUUAAAGCCACGAACCACAUCACCGCACAAAAGGAAGUGUGCAUCUACUCAUGGACGAGAGUGCUCAUGCCCAUGACAGCACAAGAUGUAGAUAAUAAUGGAAUCCUAGGUGAGCUAGCAGUAGAUACACACUUCCUUCUGAGCAGUGAUACGGUUGGCAGGUGUAGUUCAGGGUUGGAAAUGAACUUUUCUGUCCACCUGUGGUGACUGUGGCUGGUGGAUUCCAAAAUCUACCAGACCCUCAAUAGAUUACCAUCGUUUUUUGUGUGUGUGUGCGGUUUUUUUUGGCUGUUGGCUGGUACUAAUGUCCAACCCUGGUGUAGUUCAGUAGAAAGAAAAUAGUUACCACAUGAGACUGCUCACAGCAAGGUCUGUGGAUUAUCUUAAGUAACCAGGUCACAAUUUCUGGAAAGAGACACUGCCGUUGAGUUUUUCAAAUGUAAUUUUUUUGUUGCAUUGAGCACCACAAGCUGAGUGACAUCUAGUUCCAUUGUACUGGCGAGAAGGCAGCCAUUUCUACUGCCGGUAUCCCCAACACUUUGUAACUCACACCAAUCUAUCUAGACUUUCUAGAUUAACAGCACUACAGGUAAGAAGAAAUUUUGUGAAUUUUUAAUUUUGGUGUGAACAUCCCUUUAAAACCAAUCGCUGAGAGUCUAACAAGUCACUGCCACUCUACCUCAGCCUACUCUGCUGCAUCAGAUACUCCUUUUUUCUGUAAUAUUGGUGACCCAACACUACUAUGUACAUUUUCAACCAGCUACAACUACCAGUAUAGCAGCACAGCACAGAUCUACCCUCAUUAACAUAUACAGUAAGGCCUGCAGGGCAUUCUCAUUUGCAGCAGUACAAACACGCAGAGACAUUUCAGAUGUUUCCAGCUCAUUAUUUUCUUUCCUUUGUGUGAGAUUGUAAAUCAGAACCUGCUAAUUGGAGCAGGUACUUAAGGUACUUAAACCCCGACUGAGUGACAGUUUACUCUCUUUUUGUUUCUUGCUUUUAUACUUAUUCAUGUGGAUGUGUCUAUAGUGUACAAGUCACUGGAAAGAUGUUAGAGGAAAAGCAAAAAUCCUUCCAUAAACUCCAUGAAGUGGAAUCUUAGUGUGCACCACUGUGUUUUAUUGUAUAAAUCCAUCAUAUGUCUGUUUUGUACAUUUUUAACAUUCCUUUUAGGUUUUGAAGAAUGCGUUAAUCAUGAUUCACCUGGUUCCAAUCCAGGGCGAGGUGACGAUACGUGUUGGAAGUGUUUUGGUGUUGACAUCAUGGUUGGUAUACAGUUCUUGUAUUGAACACAAGGUGGCACUGCUUCAUGUGCUGGAGGUCUGUAUGGCAUUUUAUUUUUGUCAAGUUAAUACAGGUUAUGUAUUGAUUAUACUACUACUACUGUCCCAGUAGAUAUAGUUAAUCUUGUUACACUGUUCUGCUUUCAGUUAGAGCACAGAGACCUUAUAUACAUGGGUUAAUGUUUGUUUUGCUUAUUUAAAUGACAAAGACUGAGAUGGCCUCUUAUGGGUUAGUCGGGCUGGGUAUGGUUGGACAUUUGUUGCUGCUGGUCUUGUGUCAAACUGUUUCCCCUUUUAAAAAAAUGUUUCACAGAGCACUGCCCUUUGUGGUUGGCUUUAUUUAGUUAAUAAUUAGGUUAUGGUUAGGCAUUGCAGAGAUAAAUGGUUGGGUUCAGAUGACUGCAAGCAAGGGGAAACCCAUAUUAACAGGGAGACAGACUUUGUGCCAACUUUGAUGCUGAACAGUUUGUUAAUUCUCAAGUAAGUGAUAGAGACACAGUGUCUUUUUUAUUUAAAAAGUAUUAAGUUUGAUACCCAGCCCUCGUCAUCAAAAAUAGAUGAGAGUGAUAAGGAUUUCAAAACUGCCUGACCUUAAAUAGUAUUGAUGUGUGUCAUUCCAGGUCCAGGCUCAGCAUGUCAGAAUGUAGCCCAUAGGUUCAUUACUACAUUACUUAACACCCACAAGCAACUAAUGAGUCAUAUGAACAGAUGGUUUGUUCUGUCAUACACUGUCAGUUCAGACAGGGGUGAAAGCCCAAUGGUGAUAAAGACAAGCCAUUUGAGGGAAAACUAUAACUGUUGUUAGGCUGUAUAAAAUUGGCAAUGUAGAGCAGGCUCUGCAAGGAGCGGUUUUAAGGAUGUUUCUUAUUUUGUGUGUUAUAUCAUUGUACAUACUGAUUUAAAGUGUAACUGUAGUGAUUUAACAUGUUUAAUAACAGAAGGUGCAAAUUUUCCCAAAUGCUGAUGUAAUAAAGUAUUCUUAAAAUUA